AUGGCUACGACAGCGGCAUACACGCCGCUCGAGUGCCUGCUGCUAUUCCAGUCCCUCGUCUAUUAUGGUACUCAGGACGACGUCUUCUCGCAGAUAUCCGAACUGAUGAACAGCACCGCGCUUGUCACAGAAAGCCCAACUUUUGAUCCCCAGCGAUUGAGUGCACAGUCACUGCGAGCACAGUAUCUCCAGCUUCUAAACGAAGAGUUGGAAGUCGAAAAGGAAGGAACACCGGACGAUGGCUCUCAGCCUGGAUCUAAGAAGCGCAAACUCCAGAGUCCUCCCCUUCCAAGUCUUGCGGAUGCGCAGCAACACAAGGACAAGCUUCCCCUCCUCGUCGAUCGCCUGUAUGCGAGGUAUCGAGAGUACAUGACCAAGGCAAUUCGGGAGGACGAGAGAAAAUAUGCGGAGGUGCAGAAGCAGAUAGAUGAGAUUGAGAGGGGGGAAUGGGAUGAGAGGAUAUUGAAGGAAGAUCAGGAUUUAGUUGACGCAAACAAGAGUAAUGCCGUGUCUGUAUCUACGGAACCCUCGCAAGGUUUGGACGAUGCAGGUGGGAAAACAAAUGGCAUAACUUCGACGAAGACACAGCCACAAGAACUGAAAGCUCCAGAAUUGAAGCCUCCAGAAGCCAAACCGGCUGAUGUUGUCAGGGAAGUGACUCUACCACCAAAGGUCUCUACGAUAGAAGCCCCAUCUCCUCGGAUCGAGUCGCGACCAGAAAUUCUACCAACCAGUGGUCAUUUAAACGGCCAUUCUAAGAUCGCAGCGCCAGUUUCACCUCAAGUUGAUCUACGACAACAAAACGGAGCAAAACCCAUUCGACCAAGUAUGGAAACACAGAGACCAGAAAGCAGUGAAUCUCCAGCUCAACAUAGACAGCUUGCCCUACAACCAAAUCCUCAGCAGGCCGAGAACAACUGGAAAUGGGAGCAGCCGUAUGGGCUGCCUCCACAAGCUCCGCAAUACCAACCUGGACAUUUCCCCCCUCAAUUCUCCCCUCCGCAGUAUCCUCCCCAAGGGUACCCACUACCGCCUCGAGGAAGCUUCUCCGCGCCUCAAGGUUUACCGCCCCCGCAUCCAUAUGUACCAUCAUCGCCCUCUCCUUUGAAUUCACAAAAUAUCCACUCCCCUCCACCAAAUACCCCAGGAAGGCCUCGGAGCGUGAGUGGAAUGGAUGCUCUGGCACAUCUUGCUGGCCAGCAGGACCGUGCCGGUCCACCUUCUCCUAUGAUGCAGCAAGGGCCUCUACCUCCUGGAGCCUACCCACCACAAUAUCAACCUCAACAUUCACCUGUGAAUGGACAAGCCCAGUAUCUACCAUAUCCUCCACCGUAUCCUGGAGCCCCACAACAGUUUCAGCAAUUCGCACCUCCUCCAAGUCCCCGAGCUCCAUUCCCACGUCCAGAUCUUAUUGCUCCUGAGAACAGACAGUACAAUUCUCCGUAUAAUGCCAACCAAGCUCCGAGAGGGCCAAAGCUCUUGCCAAAUCAAACACCAAGAGGAGGCCCAAGUCUACCAAAUACUCCACUAUCUCGGGGCAUUCCUCAUGCAUAUAUUACUGGCAGUGGAACGAGAUGGACGCCAAAUGCGACGCCUACAACGCCUCGUCCCAACAGUGACAUUAGACCGCCACCUGUUGAGCCUCUGAGCCCUGUGCUUAUAUCAGCUAAUUCAGCUAAAUCAGCGAAACCUCCUCCUAAGAGUACUGCUAAGAAAUCAGCUUCAAAGCAAGACUCUAAAAAGGAUGCCCUUGAGGAAAAAUCCCAGAAGAACGAAACCAAAGCACCUGAGUCCUCCAAGGCAGCUAAGCCAAGCCGCCGAAACGUGCAGCGCACUAGAGCUGGCAGCACCGCAUCAUCAGUCAUUGCUGGGUCCCACAGAAGCCAGUCUGUUAUGUCUCACGCUGAAGAAAUGUCAAUGGACAAUGAUGUCCAUCAUCACGUGAAGCAAGAAGUUGCAACUCCUGUUGGCAUUGAAGAUGCAGGUGACACCACUGCCGAUGAAUCAUCUGCUGUUCCUCGACGUGGUUCAAGAGCAGAGCCUUCUCCUCGCCCGACAUUAAAACGAAAGCGAGACAGUAGCAUUGGCAAUGUUCCCAAAUCGCGACCUGUAUCCACUCCACCGAGUCAAGUGCUUUGGACUCGUGCAUUUGUCAAGAUCUCAGCUUCAGCACUAGAAACUAUAUCUGGCCACAAAAGUGCCAGCAUUUUUGGUGCACCUAUCAAAGAGCGUGAUGCACCUGGCUACAAGCACCUCAUUCUUCGCCCCCAAGACUUGAAAAGUAUCCGUUCCGCUAUUGUUGCUGGUCAUAAGGCAGCCACAGCCGCUGCGCCAGACGAUCUAAACGCUUCACAAGCCAGCGUCUGGCUUCCUAUCUCUGAAGAUCUCAUCCCACCCAAAGGCAUCAUCAACAACGCACAACUUGAAAAAGAGCUAAUGCGUAUGUUCGCCAAUGCCAUCAUGUUCAAUCCCGAUCCCAAACGCGGUUUUGGCGGCAGGUGGCAGAGUAUGGGAAAGGGACGCGGGGAGGGCGUGGGUUUUGAGAUUGAUGAGGAUGGGAUUGUAAAGGAUACUAAAGCCAUGUCCGCCGAUGUCGAGAAGGUCAUCGCGAGUCUUAGGAGUGCGGAGAGAAGGAGUGAGGAGAUUCGAGAGGCUAGUUUGGCUGCUGAUAAAGCGGAUGAGGAACUUGAUGAGCAGGCUGGGGAAACGGAGGAAAAUGCGGGGAAUACGGGGAGUAUUGCGAAGAGGCGACGUAAAGUCUGA